AUGCCUGGUUCUAAAUAUGCAUGGAAAAACAGACUUGCAGCACAACACUUGAACCACGGUCUUGGCUCCGAUCGAGUUUGGGUAAUCCGUUCUCCAUUAGAACUGGGUAAAACUCCUACUGCAAGUAAACAAGAUACGUUCAAACCACUAAACACAGGAAAUUCUAUUGAAAAUAGCGGUUUAGGAGCAUCUCCGUUUGACAAUAAAUCCAUAGAAAUUAAGGUACCGGAAAAUGCUAAAGCAAAAUCUGACACUAGAGCACAGUGGAGGGAAGCUCAACUGGCGGCAGUUUUACGAAUAAAUCCAUUUUUGCCCAUCGAUUCGAAGGUCAAGCUGGUAUGUAGAGCGAGAAAUAGCCUUGGCAUGGAUGAGGCAGUUCUUCAUCUAAAAUAUUAUCCUAGCCCAACAGGUUAG